AUACAAAUUAGUUUAUUAUAAUUUAUAAACAGCUUUUAUAUGGUUUAGGUACUAAAAUAAUAAUUAAUAACUCUGACAGUAAUAAAGUUUUAAAUCUGCAUAAUAUUAUACAUAAUUAAUAAAAAUGAACUUUUACAAUUCUUUAAUUUUAAUUAGUAACAUUCUUAUCUUAACCUUACAAACACAACAACUAGCUGCAAAAGGCCCCGGAAUAGCAGGAUGCAAUUAUCUUGGUUAUAUCAAUAAGCAAUGUGGUUUCCCGGAACUCGAUGCUUCAUGCCUACCAGAGGCUUGCACGUCUAUACUUUUCGAUGGGAUUUUCGUGGAUUUAAACUAUCAUGUCUUUGGUAAUAGUUGCUUGUGCGAAUCAAAUCAAAAAAUUAUAGACGGUUUAGAUAAAACAUUGAAGGCUAAGAGGCCUACAUAUGUAUACUACGGCCACGUUACUCAAUCGGAAUGGACUCAAAUUCUUGCUUGCGAAGCUUGUAAUGGAGGAACCAACUCAUUAGAUGAAAUGAAAGGCUUAAAGGCCUUUUUGGACGAACAUCCUGGGAUCACUGGUCUUAUCCUAACAUCUAUAGAGAAUGGCGAAACAACAAAUUUAAAACCCAUAGAAUUUCCGGGAUAUUCUGAAAAUUUAAAAAAAUAUCUUGAUGUGAUGAAAACGUCUUUUCCUCAAUUGGAAAUUGGUAUCGAAGUAUCAGGAAAAUUUCUAAUAGAUCAGUUUACCGCUCCAGAGAUACCUUGGUUGGAAAUCAAGUUGAUAGCUCCUGUAACGGAUUUCUUCGUUAUUUCUCUAGUUUAUCUGAAUGACUGCACUAAUGACUUGAUAAAAACUGGAAUAGCUCCAAUGACUUCAAAAAGUACAAAUUAUACAUUGGAAAAAUUAAAAUGUAUCUUACCGCUGACAUCUUUUCCAAAAGAUAAAACAUAUUUUAAAUUUAGACUGAGCCCUGCGUCCGAUCCCAGUGAUUCAAAGACUAUUUGUGAUUUGAAUAUUCAAAAGAUGUGCGUACAUCCAAAAGAUGCAUGUAAAUAUUGCUCAGAUACUCUGGAGUCAUUUAAUGAAAAAGGUAAAUUUGCCAAAGAGAACGGAGUUGGAUUUUUUACUUCUAAUAUGGAUGUAAAUGAUCCUAGAAAUCUCUGUAAAUGUGAAAAACCAUUUGCUACGUUCAACGCUCUUCUAGAUGGUUUUAAUGGUGUUACCUCCAAACCUUGUAAACUAUUAAUCAAAAAAUAGAAAACAUAUCAUCAACAAACUUUGGAUAAUAUCCACAAACAAAUCGUUAGAUAAUUUCAUGUUAAACUUGUAUCAUUAUACUUCUGCAAACUUACAUGGGCGUAACUGGUGGUCGAAUCCAAAGGUGCAGAUCCAACUAAUUUUUUUAAAAAGUAGAAAAAAAAUAACGAGUAAAUAUUAUAACCUGAAUAUUAUAUAUUUUCGUUUAAAUAUUUUUUUGAAAUCACCGCCAUAUUUUGAUUUAUAGUUACGGCCUUGGUAUGGGUAACAAUAACAUUGUAUAAAAUGUAUCUUAUUUCAAUAAGUUUUAUUAUUAUUUAUUAGCAAAAUUCAAAAAUUAUACCAAUAUAUUAUCUACUAAAA